GCAAUGGAGACCGACCCGAAGAUCCUCGAAGCAAGAGCUCAGCUCCGUGCCAAGCUCGGUGAUGGUGCCCAGCGUGCCGGCGGCAGAGGCUCCGCCCGUCUUAACAGGAAGGCCGUCCACCGUGGCUCUAGUGCUGCUAGCGAUGAUAAGAAGCUCUUCGGCAUGCUAAAGCGACUAGGCUGCCACGAGAUUCCCGGCAUCGAUGAGGUCAACAUGUUCAAGGCUGACUCCAAUAUCAUUCAUUUCGAGAGGCCUAAAUUCCAAGCUGCUAUCGGUGCUAACACCUUCGUCGUCUCGGGCGGUAACGUUGCCGAGAAGACUGUUGAUGAGCUCAUGCCCGAGAUCAUCCCCCAGCUCGGCCCUGAGAAUGUCGCUAUGCUCAAGGAGAUCGCCAACCAGAUGAGGCUCGCCCAGGAGGCUCAGCAGAAGAGCCAGGCUAAGGCGGCUGACGAGGAGGUCCCUGAGCUCGAGGGAGAUUUCGAGGAGGCUUCCAAGAAGGAAGAAAAGAACUAAAUUGCCUUGCGGCUGACCAGUUGUAUCU